CUCCCGGGUGUAGUUUCUGAACGCAACCAAGCGAGCAAUGUCAUCACGUUACAUUGUUAUGUAUUAUAAUCAAUUGCUGUGACAUAGUUAAGUAUAAUUCAAUUUAGAAUUCCGAUAUUACACGAAAUCUACGUGCGAUGUGAAGUAUCUUGAAUUGUUUCGAAACAUUCUGAGGCAUUCAAUAUUCGAAAGCCGAGUUAUCAUCUCAAACUGCGGCUAGAGAGGUUAGACAACUCACGAAUAUUUAUGUUAUAAAUAUGUCAGACAAGGACGCGAACGAUGAGAUUCAUAUAAUAUCUGAGAAGUUGCAAUCAGCCACGACCAUUAAUACUGCACACAGUAGUGAGCAGCAGCAACAGCAACAGGCGAAGAGCUCGCGAAAAAACAAUAAUAACGACGCGGCGCAUCAUUCCGCGGACGGCAAAAAGGUUUGCACCGCCAGUACCACCGUCGCUACGGAUGACUACAUCUUCGUGAAGAACUUACCCGAGAUCAAUCUGCCUGAAAGGAUACUAUUCGUUAUCGACACGGUGAAAGAACGGCAAUGUACACCCUUCAAGCUUGGGACAGGCGCGACCUACUCGCCGCUGUUCAUGAUAAAACGCGUGGUGGAGAAUUUCCUCGGCGCCAAGUCCACCAUACAGUCUGGACACGAGUACGCGCUAAUGAGCUUGAAUUCGCACGACGCGUCUUGGCUCUGCGACUACACCUCCAAUAUCAAGACUGUGCUUAACCACUUGGAGAAUAUUGUGGAGGAUGUAUCAGAUGAAGAACAGAAGACCUAUGAUCUGGGACAACUCUUCGAGACGAUACACGCGCGGAUUGCGAUUCCAACGAGGAAUCAACCGACGUUUGUUUCACGCGUGAUUCUAAUAUACGGACGAUCGAACUCUAUUCCAAAAUUUCACACUGGACAGAAGUAUUUGGAGAAUUUGACGGAGAAUCCAUAUUUCUUUCUGGAUGUGCUGUUUGUUCACGAACCACUCAGUGAUGACAAUAUGUGCGAGGCGGUAUACGCCGAAAUCGCGGCUCUAGAUACAACGAAUUUUUCUUACAUCUUUGAGGUAGGCAGAAACGCUGCUAAAAUUCACGACAAUAUGGCAAAGUUGCUAGCGCAUCCGCUGCAGCGUCCGCUGCAGAAGGAUGCUUCUUACACUCUUUAUUCAAUGACAGCCACACAGGAAGUGCAUACUAAUGUAUAGUGAUGUGUACAUUUGUUAGGAGGCAACUUAUAUUUAUAUGAAAAAGUCAUUUUGGCAUAAUAUAAUUCCAAGACAAUGUUGUAUUGAUUUGAAAUAGUAAUAUUUUAAAAUCGGUUUUACAUUAUAUAAAUAGGGAGAAAAGUAACUGCAUUAUUGUUACGAUUAUCGUAAAAUAAAUAGAACCAUUUUUGUAUAGAUUUAUAAGUUAGAAAGACUGUCAUAAACAAAUCAAACAUAUGUCUCGAUGCAGGUGAACUCCGAAGUAUCUGAGAUUUUAGAUAUUAAUAUUUAAGAUCUUACUCUUAGAUAUAUUCUAUUACUUUCUCCUUUUUUUCUAACAAAAGCAUUCACGUAAAAUACUCGAAUUAAAAUAAAAACAUGUUAUUUCGGGAUUAUAUGUACUAUUAUAAUCUAUCAUAUGUUUUUACAUUUUGUUACAAUAUAAAGAAUAUAUAUUAUAUCAAAAAAUCAAUAGACUUU